CGCGCGCAUCGAGAACGGACUGUUUUAGCACUGGCCACAUUCCCCCAUCGCCAUUGGAAACCGUUGUGUCAACAAAACUUUUUUGUUUACGAAUGUCGUGUGUCGAGAAAUUCAAAGUCAAUUUGAAUUUGCCAUGUGAAAAGUGUGAGGAACUUGGAAAAUAUCGUGUGUUUUAUUAAUUGUGAUGGGUAAUUGUAUGGCGAGCGUUUUUCGGCGGCGGCGUGUUCGCCGUCAUAUAGUUUUGAUUUUGAUCGGCCUGGACAACGCUGGGAAGACGAAGACUGUAAAUAACCUGGCCGGCGAGAGAGACGACAAGGUUCUGCCCACAGUGGGCUUUAAGGCUGUGAAUUUAAUACAUAAAGAUACACCUGUGACUAUAUACGACCUUGGGGGAGGGCCACAUUUUCGCCAGAUAUGGUCUCAGUACUACAGCGAGGUACAUGGUGUGAUAUUUGUUAUCGACUCGAGCGAUUUUUCACGGUUGGACGAAUGCAGAGUUGUGUUGGAAGAGGUUUUAUCGCACGACAAAAUAUCAGGUAAACCGGUUCUGGUGCUUGCGAACAAACAGGACAAGACUGGAGCUCUAGACGACAUAGAUGUGGUCGAAAAACUCAACAUUGAACCUUUGGUGAACAAAUACCGCUGCCCAACCCUCGUGGAAUCCUACAGCGCACAGACCCUAGAACAGUCCAAAAAAGCCAAAAUUGACCCCGGACUCCGCAAGGGCUACCAAUGGCUCCUAAACUACAUCAUACGGCGUUACGGCGACAUAAACUUACGAGUGCAAACCGACAUACACGCUGACUUAGAGCGCCGUAAGCGAAUGAUGACCAAAGCCUCCAAUAGAGCCUCCCAGACCUUCACGGCAGUCAGUGAUGACAUAGCAACGCAAACGGGCUUCGAAAACCCGAAUUUCGAUCCCAAAUCGCCGGACAUAGACAAUAUAGAGCGAGAGAAAGAUCUGGAACGCGGUGUUAUUAUAGUAAAGCCUAUAACGAACAGCGUGGAUACUACUAUGACUAUAGAAAGCAUGGAUUCUGAUAAUACUAGUGCCAAGCCGAAGCUGUCGCCUUUGUUUGGACGAGCCAGUAAUAGCACGGUUGAGACGGUAAGGAUAGAAUUGGAGUCGAGGAAUGAGUAUAGGAAGCUCUCUCCGAUAGUGAGGAAGAAGUCUGGGAACCAACACAUUGAUUUUAUGAACAGACCGCAGUCCAGCCCCACUUUUAAGAAGAAUUCUAAUAAGGGUUCUAGGAUGGAGAAGCUCCCCUGGAAUGGAGACAGGGAAUGCUGCUUGCUGGUCAACAGUAGAACUGCUGGACAAUGA